GAUACCAAUGCCGUGUGUGCAAGCAGUGUCGCUGGUGCUGGCUGCACAGCACAAUGUGGCAGCAAGGACGAUCCAAGCAACCAUGGACACUCAAUUUUACGAACUUUUUAAAAUACACGCAACUUGGUCUACGACGCCCCCCUGUCGGCCGGUCCUUACUACGCCCCUGCAUACUCGUCGCCCUUGCACUCACGUGCCAGAAGCACAUCGACGGCAAGGCUAUCAACACCCUCGUGGGCCCUUACAUAGGUUACGUCGAACGCUUUUCUAAUUGUGAACCACCAGAUCGCCAACUGGCGUGGAGAUGGCAGUUGCGUGUUAGUCACUUCAACCCACAUAGACCAAAGGAAUUACAACUAUUGACCGGUAACGUGACGGGUACAAAAGAGCCUUUUGACAACAACGUUUGGAUGAAAAUAACAAUGGAUGUACGGUCAAACAACCAAUGGAAAGAAAACUCCUUCAUCUUCUUUUUCAAGAAAAAUUCAUGCCAGGUUGUUAGAGACAAUAUACCUGACGUUUACAGGGUUUUGUUCGGUAGCCCAGACGUUAAAAGCGUGUGCUCAAUUAAACCUGCAGUUUUCGUGGUCAAUAACACUCCGGUCCAAUGGAUUUUUCCAAAUUUUCCAAUAAUGCCUUAUGGACACUAUAGGUACAACCUCAAGAUUGGCAAAGAUGAAAACCUUUUGGGAUGGGGGGUAGCAGAAGUUGGAGUUAUUCCUAAAGUCGACUAGCACUGCAAUGUUUCCAGCUAUCUUAUUGCUCUAGACAUUGUAAUAUCACUUAAUACCUGGCAACUCUCGAGCGGGGUUUAAAUAUGGCUCAAACAAACUAUGCAUUGAUAUUGCGGUACUGUCUACCCCACUUCUUCCCUUUCCUCUAAGACUACCCCCACUCUGUACCUUGUAAAAGUAUUAAGUUGCGAAAUAAUUGCAGCGACAACUUCAUGCCACCUUUAAAGCGAACUUUUACCUUAACGCUUUAACUGCCAAACUUAUAACUUUACCGCUGUGAGAAAUGUAUUUGUACAUGUACGAUAUAUUUUGUAAUUUGCCAUUUACAAUACGAGUCGUACAUGUACAACCUCCCGCUGUCGCUCGAUAUUCGAUUCCAAGUCGAUACAUAGGGCUAGUAAAUUGUACAAUGUUAGAUUGUACUUGUACGACUUCUUCCAUGGAAAAUUUUCCGGUACCCGGUUCGACAAUUUUUCACAGUGACGAGUACGAGAGUACAGGCUGAUACUGCGUAUCAUCCUGCUAAA